AUUCAUACUUCCUGCCAACGAGUCUGGCUCCGGUGAAGCCCGAUACUUUUUCUGGGUAAUACGGGUGCAAUACUUGGUUUAAGGCGUGGAAAAGUAUAGACGGCCGAGAUACCAUACGGAUAAUAAACGGGUACCAUACCGUAACUUCGUCCGUGGACUAGAAGAGGGACUGACCUCAUGCCCCCGCCGUCAUCCCACUUGGCACGCGCUCUCUUUUUCUUCGUCUUUGCUCUGUCGGGACUUUCUCCAUUCUCUAAUUCCCUUGCUCUCCUCUCGCUCUUCUAUCUUGGACCUCCUUCACUUUCCAUUUGUAGUGAUACCCCCAUCCUGCGUUACGACCUCCCAAUACCAGCUCUCCGCAAACCGUCUCUCGAUCUUUCCUACUCACCCCACCAUGUCGUCUGCGCUGCUGGACGAGGCCACGCGCAUCGCGCGCGAGUUCGAUUACCCUGCCGAGCAGGUCCAGCGCGGUGUUGAUGAGUAUAUCAAGCAAUCAAAUGAGGGUCUGGCAAAAGAAAACACCACUCUGAGCCAAAUUCCUACUUUCGUGACCGCCGUCCCCAAUGGCACUGAAAAGGGUCUUUAUCUCGCAGUCGACCUUGGUGGUACCAACUUCCGUGUAUGCUCCGUUCAGCUGCACGGCGACACCACCUUCUCCCUCACUCAGUCCAAGAUCAUGAUUCCCCGGGAACUCAUGGCCUCUGGUACCUCCAAGGAUCUCUUUACUUUCCUAGCCCGCCAAAUUGAGGCCUUCCUGCGCAUUCACCACAACGAGCACUUCGAGGCCCACCUGCGCCGGAGGCGCGAUGGCAACCAGGAGGAGGAUCUGUUCGACUUGGGCUUUACCUUCAGUUUCCCCGUGCGCCAAUGCGGUAUCAACUCCGGAACCCUGAUCCGUUGGACCAAGGGCUUCAACAUCCCCGAUGCUGUUGGCCAUGACGUAUGCGCGCUGCUUCAGUCCGCCAUUGACGAUCUCCAACUGCCGGUUCGUGUGGCUGCGCUCGUCAACGAUACCGUCGGCACCCUGAUGGCUCGCUCGUACACUUCCCCCGGCGAGACCGGUACUCUGGUGGGUGCCAUCUUUGGCACCGGCACCAACGGAGCUUAUCUCGAGAAGCUCGACAAGGUGACCAAGCUCAAGGACAUGAAGGAUGCGAAAGUUGAUACGUCGACCGGCGAGAUGAUUAUCAACGCCGAAUGGGGCAGCUUCGACAACCACAUGAGCGUGCUGCCAGACACCAUCUAUGACCAGCAGCUGGAUGCUGAAAGCAACAACCCCGGUGUUCAGAUGUUCGAGAAACGAGUCUCGGGUAUGUUCCUGGGUGAGAUUCUGCGCCGCGCCCUGCUGGCCAUGCACAACAACCCCGACCUCGGUCUCUUCAAGCCCAGCAAGACCUCCAACGUCUCCCUGCCCUCCGACUCUCUCUUCUACCGCCAAUGGGGUCUGGACACCAGCCUGCUGAGCCAGGUCGAGGCCGAUACUAGCAAGGACUUUGUCGAUGUCAAGGCUGCCCUCAAGGACCAUCUGAAGAUCGAGAACCCCAGCGAUGCCGAGUGCGAGGCUGUCAAGAUCGUGGUCCACGCGGUCGGCAAGCGUGCCGCACGUCUCAGCGCUGUCCCGAUGGCUGCCAUUCUCAUUCACACUGGCAAGCUCGAGACCGAGAGCAUGGUCGAUAUCGGUGUCGACGGCAGCUUGGUGGAGUUCUACCCCAAGUUUGAGGAGUACAUCCGUGAGGCUCUUCGUGAGGUACCCAAGGUUGGAGUUGCUGGUGACAAGAAGGUUCGCAUUGGCAUUUCCAAGGACGGCAGCGGUGUUGGUGCCGCUCUGAUCGCUCUGGUGGCCAGCAAAGACGAGACUUUGAAAACCCCCAAAGGCAACGAGAAGUGAACGUGAACCAGAGCCUUGGUUUCCACAACCCCAUAAAAAUUUCACUUCUCCUUGUCCCCUUUGAUGAAUCCUUCCCCGGGGCUGCGUGAAGUACUGGCUGGGCCAGUAUCUCAAAGGUGGGGUGGUUUUGUCUUUUCUUAUUGACUGGACAAGCACCUUCUCUAGCUUCGCACCCCGCUCUUCUUUUGCAUACCCCGAUCCAUUGACAAAAGGGUCGUUCGUUGAAACCAGGAUCUCAUUUCCGACGGACCUCUAGGGAAAUAAGCUAGGAAUUCUUAAUUCCCGGAACCCUACGGCUCUCACACGCCCGGGGUCACCCUUCGGAUGCUCUUCUUUUCUGUCAUGAUUAUGCUUCUGCCUGGUACACUCAGCCGGAUGUAUCAUUAGAUUUUUUUUCCCCUCUUUUGCUUAUUGUUUAUUUAUGGUCUCACGGAGUUGCACAGACAUUGUCCUGGCGUGGAACGGUAUCUAUGGAUCCGAAAUCCCUGCACAUAUUUGCAUUUUGGCUUCGAAACUAUUUGAAUGAAAUAUUCUAAAAUAUUUACUCUGAAUUUUGGUCUUGACUCUUGCUUAAGUGGCUGCUAGCAAAAAAAGAUGAUUUGAUUAUGUUAAGAGUGGAAUGAUAUACAGCGAGUGAUCAAUAUCUACACGACUCAGUUCUCCCGACUUAAUGACCAGGCUCAUAUCCGAUUGCCUUCGGAGCCAUCACAAAGUCAACGUGACCACCAGUCUG